AUGAAAGCAGCCACAUCGGCACCGUCACGUGGUUCGAAGCUGUCAGCGGAAUUGACGCAACUGGAUACCGAAAUUGGCAGCAUCGAGGCCGAAAUUCGUUCUUUGAAACGACGAAAACAAGCGCUACUGGAACGAAAAGCUCAAAUUGAACGGCGAAUAACUGAACGGAAUGUGGAAAAUGAAAGUUCGGUUGGCAUAUGGGAUUCGGACAGUUUCGAGUGGACCAACAAGUGUCGCCGUGUUUUGUCGGACGUUUUCAAGCUCAGCGAUUUUCCACCUUUGCAGAGGUUAUUCAGCGGGAUUAGCAUUAUUUUUGGUUUUUCACGAAAUUAUCCAAUCCAUCAACAAAUUAUCCAAGUUAUUUUUUUCCGAAACCUCGGUAUGUAA